AUGCCGCUGACUUUCAAACCAUCACGUAUUUUUCGGUUAUCGUGGGUUUGGUUGUUUUUACAAAUACGGAAACAGGAUUCCACAGCUUCAUUACCACUUUUCAAUUUGCUAAGCAAGUACUGCUGGAGUGCUGUGAGUUCCGUACAAUUAAAGUUAUCGUGGGACAUGGAUCCCUCAGUUGGGAAGGGUUCUGCGCCAAUUCGAGACUUGAUUCAUCAAACACAGUCCCCGUUAUAUCCCAAGGAUCGUGAGAUCGAAGACGUCAGCCCACUCUCUGACACUCGUCUAGACCAAAGCACCACUCUCCCCUUUGAGACAUUGUCUGGCCGACCAGUAAACAACUGUGCUAAACCAUAUUCUAGCUGGCCAGCUCAGGUGACGAUUACGCCCGUUCCGUUGUGCAACAUCUACGCGCAGCCUCCUAAUUGUCCAUCCAACUCCUCAACUCCAGCAUCAGUCAUUCCACAAAUGUGCCUUGCCACCCCUCCUGAGAAUGGAAACAUCAACCCUAAUCUUUUGUUUGGAAGUCAACAGGUGAACCCACAACCGCAACAAUGUCAGGUUUUAACCGCAAACUGUACGCCUACUGUUGAUUGCACAUCAAAUCCCCAGUUUAAUGUUAUUCAGCCACUGUGUUAUGGACCGGUCUCGGAGGGGCACUAUGUAGUAUUACAACCAGUGUGCUGCUAUUUUACCAAAGAACCCAGCGAAAAAGGAAGUGAAGGAAAGGCUGUCUUAGAAAAGGCGGAGGUGGAAAAGGAGAAAAGUGACAACAGUAACAAAGUGGAGACUAAGAAGAAUACAAAGCGGAAGAAUAAAGCAAAUCGUAAAGCCAGGGGACAGAAUGGAAAACACAACUCUGCCGGUGUGGUGCGAUCCAGACUCUUUAGUUUCAGAGCACCAAGUUCGGUGACCACUGUGUUCACAGACAAUUCGAGGUCAAGGUUUAUGAAGCAUAAGCAAACCGAAGAAGUCAUGAGUAAGCAGCCCCUGGACAAGACCUCAGCUCUUGAUGAAGACGAUUCCAAAGACUUUCCUAAUUUCUACGAUCUUCACACUUCUAUAUCCAAUCGACAAUAG